AUGCAUUCAGCCCUACAUCUAACCCAUCUUAGUUAUUUUAUGUUAUUAGCCAUAACUAGAUCAUGUGGUUACAUAAAAACAAAAUAUAUAGAAUCUUGCUCACCAAAUAAAUAUAAUUAUAAACUACUCACUCAAUCAAAUAAUACAUCAAUACGCACUGCCCCGAAUUCCACUAUAAUGUUAUCAUCCACUUCAAAAAUAGGUCUUGAACCAUUUUGCUACAAGCAAUUUGAUCGGAAGAAUUCUGCAAAUCACAUUCCCAUGGAUAAGUUCAUCUUCCUGGACAAACUUUGUGAGUUAAUUGCAUCAGGGGACUGCAAAUUUGCAGACGGUUACGCUGAAUUUUGCAAGCAUAUAUUUGUCAAAAAUUUUACCAAUUCCAAACUUGGAAUCUUGGAAAUUACCCCUGAAAAUGAACAUAUAUUGAAAUCUGACUAUCUACGCCGCACAGAAAAAGAACUACCCGUGCUUACUAGGUGGUUCCCCUUACACAAGGUUAAACAUUUGAUCAAGGAGGCAGAUUACCUCGAUAUUAUAUUGUAUUCGAGGGAUCAGAUUGAGAAAGAGAGGCGUAUCAUGGGAGAGACUACCGAUGAAAAUGUGCAAAAUAAUGUAGCCGACGUCGAUUUUUACAUCGUGAGCAUAGUACCCCUUAGUGAUAUGAAUGAGAGACCUAUGGUACCAAUAACGAUAAUGAGAAAUGCGUUGAUUGAAGAAGGCGGAAGCGGAGUUCCGAUUGACAGGAAUGAGUACAUUAAGAGCGUAAAUUUCUGGUCCAAACAUGCCAUUAUUAUCGAUAUGUAA